CCCUCAAAAGCAUCAUUCCUCUUUGGGCAUUCGUGUUCACAACCCCCAGGGUUCUACCAUUACUUGCUUCUCAACUCGAUUAAUCCUUUUUUGUACCCUUUUAUCACCUACUUUUGAUCCAUCAUGGCCGACAUCACCGCCGUCGGUGAGGAGAACCCUUCUCCUACCCAGGACGACCUGCAGCAGGCCGCCGGCAAUGGCGCCGCUGACAACCGCGGUCCCAAGCGCUCCAGAAUGAGCGCAGAAGACGAUGAUGAUGAUGAUGACAAGCCCGGUCGCGAGCGCAGAAAGAUUGAGAUCAAGUUCAUUCAAGAUAAGUCGCGUCGCCACAUCACCUUCUCCAAGCGGAAGGCGGGUAUCAUGAAGAAGGCCUAUGAGCUCUCCGUCCUCACAGGUACUCAAGUAUUGUUGCUCGUCGUGUCCGAGACCGGUCUCGUCUACACUUUCACCACUCCCAAGCUUCAACCACUGGUGACGAAGGCCGAGGGCAAGAAUCUCAUCCAGGCUUGCCUCAACGCUCCAGAUCCCGCCACCAACGAAAAUGGCGUUGAAGCUCCGGAGGUACCAGCAGAGACACCUGAGGAUGUUAACCACGCCAACGUCAACCCUCAACAGUCAAAUAUUCCCCGUCCUGCGGGCAUGCACCCAGGCUACAUGACGAACGAACAGCAGCAGCAGAUGGCCUAUUAUCAGGGCUUGCAGCAGCAACAACAGGCUGGUGGGCAGUACCCCGGCAUGCCUGUGGGCAAUCGAAUGCCCCCUCAGCACCAACCCACUGCGUAGAUGGGGUCCUUAUUUGCAUACCUAGGAUGAUCUGAGGGCGGUCCGAUGGUCCGUAUUUUGCCUUCAUUGUUGCAUCCAGCAUCUGUAACCCCGCUCUGCCUACCCUAUUUGAUACCCGUCGAUUCUUGAUG